AGGGCAAUACAAGAUGGCAGACGUGCAGGGCGAUGACUUCUCUCAAACAAGCCGCAAUAUACGAAGAUCAAUGCAACAGAAUUUACAAAUUUUUGACUCAAUCCGCGGGAAAGAAGUUGAUAUUCCUUUCUGGGACAUAGUUGUGAUUACUGCUCUUGACGAAAGUCAAAGAAAUGCCUAUGAUCUUCAACUACAGUCCAAGCUCGCGCGAGGAGAAUUACCCCUCGGUGUAAAAUAUCAUGUGUUCUAUGACCCACCUGGGCCGAAAAUCGGCAACGGUGGAUCGGUACUCGUGACUAUUGGUGAUCUUUUAAAGAUUUAUGAGGAGGAGGAGUUGAUGAACUCUAAGAUCAUUAUGUUACCGGCUGGAGGUUUCAGUCAGAGAUUGCCAAACGCAAGUGUUCUGGGAAAAGCAUUCACUGCCCUUCCUGUUGGUGAUCCACCUUACCAAAUGUUAGAGCUUCAGCUUGCUAUGUUUAUUGGAUUUCCUCGACAUAUGAACCCAGGCAUUUUUGUGGCUGCUUCAGAUAUCCUUGUGGUGUUUAAUAGUGAAGGAGAUUGGUCGUUCACCAAACCAGGCUUCACUGCUUUGGCUCAUCCUUCUCCAAUUCAUAUUGGCACAACCCAUGGUGUAUUUGUGCUAAAUGACCACAAAAAUUUAACAUCGGGUCAGGCUGGCUGCCCAAUCAUUCAAACAACAUGUAAGAAAUUUCUCCACAAACCAUCAAUGGACGUAAUGAGAAAGCAUGGCAUUGUAUUCCUCUGCGAUGAACAAGAGUAUGUUUACACUGACAGUGUCUUUUUUGUGGACUGGAAAACAGCCAAGAAUCUUCAUGACUUUUCAAAGCAGAUCCAACCAAUUGACUGUGAAAUUGAUGCUUAUGGUGAUUUCUUACAAGCUCUUGGACCUGAGGCAUCAGCAGAUUACACAGAGAAUGUUGCCAAUGUCACAAAGGAAACUUCCUCUUUGAUUUCAAAGAGGAAGAAGAUUUUUGAGUUCUUGAAAGGAACACAGCUAAAUGUGCUGUUACUUAAUGAAUCCAAGUUCUACCAUUUAGGCACUACUAUGGAAUGUAUUCACUAUUUCUGUGAUGACAAAGUUUUUAGAUAUGAAAGUCACUUUCUCUCAGAAGUCAUGGUGCAAAGAAGUGGAACUGGUGAGGAAAAAAUUACCACAGAUCAAAGAUGUCUCAUACACUGUUACCAGACUCUGCCAUCAAGUGUGGGCCAGCGAACACUGUUGGAAUACUGUGACAUUCAAGCAGAAGCCUCUGUCGGCAAUAAUUGCAUUGUCAGUAAUGUACAGCUUCCUUCAGGGGCUAGCAUCUCUGACGAUACCUUCAUGAUGACAGUGUGCGUUACAAUCGACAAUUCAAGUGGGUUGUAUGUGACUGUUGUCUUUGGUAUCAAAGAUAAUGUGAAAAAGACACCACCUUCUGGUGAUCUCGGGAAACUACAGUAUUUUGGCUUGCCACUUGAUAAAGCAGUGUCACUGUUGGAUAUAGUGCAGGAUUCCAAACUUGAGUAUGUAAGUCUAUGGCACAUGGAACUGUUUCCUGUGUUUCAAAGCUGUGUGGAGUCUGUUUGUUAUUCAAUUAAGAUGCUGAAUGCUUUGAAGAAUGGGACAAAAAUUGACAAAGGAAACAUUGUACGUGUGGGAAAGCACUUGUCCAUGAAGGAGAUCUUGGAUCGUAAGGACAUCGAAGGAACAUUGUAUCUUAGGGAAAAGCUAAGAAAGAAAAUUUUAGGGACAUCUUGAGUAAAUGGAAGGAACUUGUAUUUGUAUUGAUAAAUGUCUAGAUUUCAGAUCCCUGCCCUGUCCAGCUUGGUGUUCCACAAGGAAGUAUUCUGGGACCGUUGUUGUUUAACAUUUACAUUAACAGUUUACCUAAUGCCAUUUCAGAUGCUAGGAUAAUUCUCUACGCAGAUGAUGCUGUAUUACUUUGUGCGGGAUCAACUGCAGCGGAACUCGAAGAGUCCUUGUGUCUUGGUUUUACGCAAAUUUGUAACUGUUACCAUGACAACAAACUGACCUUGAAUGUUAAGAAAACAAAACUGAUGCUGACUGGAAGUAAAAAUGUAAAAUGUACUGACAUCUUUUGAGGACUUUCAAUUUAAAUCUGAUGAUGAUGUGA